GAUAACCUACGAGAAAGUUAAGUGACUCAUCUUACCCCCUAUGCUCAUCUCGCCCCACCCUACCCUAAGGCCAGUCCGCGCUUAACUGUUGUGAAGGGGGGAAGGAGGAACAAACAUGGAACCGAUGGAAGAGUCAACAUAACCUCUACGGAAAAAAGUGACAGCUCUUGCAGAGCUGUCAAGGAUAUUAUCGUAAUCUGAUCAAAAAAUAAAUUUCUAGUGAAUUAUUAAAGGUUUUGAGUAUGGCUGUGUGUAUUGCAGUGAUCGGUAAAGACAAUUCACCGAAAUAUAUAAGAUGCAUGAACGAAGCAGAUGAAUUAAAAUUCCAUUAUAAGGUUCACACGUCGAUCGACAUAAUUGAAGAAAAAUUAAACAUUGGAAAUAAAAUAGCUAAUGAUGUUCGUGAAUUAUUUCUAGGAAUGCUCUACUCAACAGAAGAUUACAAAAUAUAUGGAUAUGCAGCUAACACGAAAAUAAAGUUCGUCAUAGUAUUACAAUCUGCUAAUGCAACCUUGAGAGAAAACGAAGUGAGAAUGAUUUUCAGGAAGCUGCAUGCUGCUUACUCCAACGCUGUUUGCAAUCCAUUUUACAUUCCAGGGGAUCAAAUUCGAUCAAAAUCCUUUGAUUCUUCAGUGAUGUCAAUAAUGGGAAUAGUAUAAUUGUUAGUAAAGAUUAUUGUAUGUUGCAACCAUUUUUAUUAAAUUAAAUAAACAAAAUUUUUCUGAUUUUUCUUUUUAUAAGAACUGUUUUGCUUCGAUUGAGAGAUUUAAGGGUACUAUUUAAAAACUAUGUAACGCAAAAUAAAUGAGAGCCAAUGUGUUUGA